AUCUGAGCAAAAGUCUGAUGUCAGAGUUCAGAUAAGAACGGUUUGAAUUAACAUGGAAAGCACAUUUAAUUUCGGCUUUUAAUCGCUUUCAGAAAUUUUGUUAGUAUUUUUAUAACUUCAGGCAUUCUGAUACUGUAGCUUCUUAACAGUAAAAUCAGCCGAAACCCAUUCGUUUUUGAUUCCGCAGCAGUUCAUUGCUGUUUCCCGGUUGGUACAUCUGACCGAACCCUGUUACUGAUCCUUUAUUCAUCCUUAAUGGAUUCUAAACCUCGUCGUGAUUCCGAAGGGAAUCCUUGGACAAAAAUUCCUAGCUCACCUUCAGUAGCCACUACCUCUUUGGCGGAUGUCAUGAGUGAAGAGCUGGCUAAAGAUUUAAACAAGAAGAACCAGGAUGAUAUUUCACGUGUGGUGAAAGAAGCGGCACCUCUCAGAAGCGACGACAAACAUCCUUUAUCCGCGGAGAACAUUCCAGACAUAAUUUCUGAUGGGAACUCCAUAGAGCAAGAAUCAAACGAUUUUCUUAUAGCACAGAUGCUGCAGUACGAGUUGGAUCUGGAGCACGAUGAAAUACUGAAAAGGAAGGAACGGCAUUACAAUGGCCCUAGUAAAGUUUCCGUUUCCCUGUCGCAUUAUCGGCAUUUGCACCCAAUAGAAAGUCGCGAAGAAUUAAGUGAUGUUGUUGACUUUGAUGAACCAAAACUUGUAUCCGGAAAAGGGCCAGAGUUUAAUGCGCGGGGAUACGCCGGAAAAGGUAAAAAUAUUGUUACUAAACAUGAUCCCGACAUCUGCGGUCGCCGAAACGCUGAUCGUGUCAUGGAUUUUCCGCCGGGAUUUGUUACCGGUGACGACAGCCAUUACGACUCCAAAUUACCUAAUCGUGUAUACAACCAGCUAAAGGUCCAUUCACUACGUGAAGAGCAUCGCGGCCAGCGCCUGAAGGAUCGCAAGGAAGAUCUGGCCACAGCUACACUGGCAGUUGAUCCGAAAACUCGCUUGUUGAUGUACAAAUUGGUCAAUAGUGGUGUGUUGGAGAAUAUCAAUGGAGUAAUCAGCACUGGUAAAGAGUCCAUCGUGUUCCAUGCCGCAGGCGGCCACAUUGAAGACAAGGAUUUGAAACUGCCUGAAGAAUGUGCUGUCAAAGUUUUCAAGACCACGUUGAAUGAAUUCCGAAAGCGUGAUCCAUAUAUUCGCGAUGAUUAUCGGUUCCAGGAGAGAUUCAGCAAAUUAAAUCCGCGAAAAAUCGUCAAAUUUUGGGCCGAGAAGGAGAUGCUAAACUUGAAGCGGAUGUCUGACUGUGGUAUUCCUUGUCCCGAGCCGGUAUUUCUCCGGAAACAUGUGUUAGUAAUGAGAUUUCUGGGAAAGGAUCAAAAGGCGGCGCCUAAACUUAAAGAAGUUCAGCUGUCUUUGGCGCAACAAAAGCAAGCUUAUAAAGAAACUGUUGAGAUUAUGAAGAAGAUGUAUUCGGAGUGCAAGCUGAUUCAUGCUGAUUUCUCGGAAUAUAAUUUGCUAUGGUUUGAAGACAAGACCUGGGUAAUCGAUGUCAGCCAGUCAGUGGAACCGGCUCAUCCUCGUGCUUUGGAGUUUCUUUAUCGCGAUUGCUCGAAUGUGUUUAAUUUCUUUUCCCGCUGGGGCGUGGAGGGAGUUUUACCUAUCAAAGACUUGUUUCACGAUAUCACUGGAAUAUGGCUGCAAGGAACGGGCGAAGAGCUUUUUGCUGAGCUUCAGCGGCAUCAAGGAAGGAAAGAAAAACCGCAUAAGUACAGUGCUGAAUUAGAUGAUGCCAGUUUCGAUUAUCUUUUUGAUGUGGCUCAUCAAGAACGCCUGAAAGAACUGGAAAUAAACGACGAGGAUUGGGAGACUGUUAGUGACAGCGAUUAAUUAAUCGCAACUCAUUAUAGCCCUGAGAUGUGAUAUUCGAGAUGAAUAUUCAUUUUUUCUCGGAUGAUUCUGAUUUUCCUCGAUCAAUCCUAUCCUGGUGGUGCUUACAAUUCUUUCGAGUUUUGUACUGUUAUUGCAAGAUUUGUUGUUGUGAACAUACAGAGUAUUUUCAGCUGAUAAUUAUAAUUACUGGUAAUUGUGGAUUUAGAAACAAGAAACGAAAAUUUA